CCGCCGCCGCCGCGCAGACGCCCCGUGCCCGCCGCCCGCCGGGAUCCGCAGCACAGCUAGAAGGAAAAUGAUGAAAAUGUUACCUUUUUUCCAAAAUGGUCCCAUUGGAAUAUGCAAUGGAUCAGAGGGUUGCAUUGAUGCAAAUAGGCAGCUUGAAAACCCUUCAACAUCAGUAGCGAAGCAAAUCCCUGCCUGUCCUGAACCUUCUGGAGACGAGAUCUGGUCCAGGGACCAGGAGAAGAUGGGCGAAAGGCCAGAGGGAGCCUACAGAGCCUCACGUGCAUCUUCCAUUGCAAGCAAUGGGAGCUGCACCUCUGCUGGGGACAGCCCUGAAAAGGGGAAGAAAGGAAUAAAGGAAAUCUUUACGAAUGCAUUUAAGAAAAUUAAAAAGAUCAAGACACCCAGUGUCAAAAAAAUCAUGGAUCUCCUUGAAGAGCAGAAGCUAUGCGAAGCCACUCAGCAUCUGAUUGUCCUGCAGAAGAGCCUGUCUAGCAAAAGUGAGGAGGGGCUGAACACCAGCCAGCAAGAUGUUGAGUCCAUCUAUGAAGUUCUGAAUUACAAAGUCUUCAGCAUCUUGAAGGACUCCAUACUGCUAGCAAAAACAAACCCAGAACUGCUGCAGCAGGCAGUAGAGGCACUGAAAGAGCAGGAGAAAGAAGAUCAGAACUACAUGUCAGAGAAUCCACCUGACCCAAAUAUGCCAUUUAGACCUAGAAAAUGGAAAGAGCUUUGGAUGGCUACAGUAAAGGAGUCAGUAGAGACUCGAAUGAAAGACACAAGCCGUACUCCUAGAACUGAGAACCUCUCUGCAGUUGGCCAGAAUCUCCUGCACAUGGGAAAGACAAUGAAAGAGGAUUUGAUAGUAGUUGUGAAGUACAUUAAACAGCUUUAUCCUCCAGAGUUUAAUGUGUUCAGCAUAUAUGCAGAAUUCUACCACAAUUAUUUUGCCUCCCAGACAAAGAAAAAUGCUGAGUCUCAUCUGGAAGACAAGGACGUUUAUCUUCUCCUCUCAUGGGUGCACAAUUUUUAUCCAAAAGAUAUGAGAAAAGAUCAUGUUUUAGCCGAGGAGUUGGAAAAAGUUAAGCUUGGAAGCCUCUUACCAUCAAGUCUGAGCAAAGAGCUUGAAAAGAAAUACCUUGACAGAGAAGAGGCUACUAUCAAAAAUUUGCUGAGCAGAUGUUUAGAUAAAGAAAUCCAGAGAUGGAAAGAAGAAGAAGAACCGGAGAAAUUCAAUGGGCAUUUUCAGAGUGAACUACUAGGAAUAUUUGUUAUCCAGAGUAUCUACAGUGGCCAGCAGCGAGCCAAGGACAUCAGCAUGGCAGUGGGAGAGGAGCUGUCGGAUCGCCUCUGGAAGGAACUGCCUGUCUUCCUGAAAAGCUACAAGGAUGCUUUUGAAGACUUUAAGGAGAAAAGCAAGAAGCACAGAUACUACAAGCCUAUACUGGUAGCAAGUGUUAACAACUGCUGGAAUUUUAGAGACUACGCAGAGAAGAACAUGUCAGAAAAGGAUGACAAUAAAGCCAGUAUCCUCAGCACGCUCAGCGACAUUGAAAACAGCGGCUUUGAUGUGCUGCUUCAGCAGCUGUUUGUCCAGCUGAAGCCAAUUUAUAAGAAGUUUACAGAAAAUAAGUGGGACUCCAGCAAUGAAAUUAUGAACGAGAUCAUUAAAACCACCAUCAAACAUAUUUCAGACUUCAAGACCCUAAAGGACCCUUUCUACCACGCUAUAAUCGAGAAGGUCCAUGCCCAUUUGGUUAAAGCAUACAUUGUGAGGCUGCUGAAGAGGAAAGUCAGUCUGAAAAGUCCAGCACAACAGCAAAACUUGGCCCAACAGAUCUCCAAGAACGCUGCUGACCUGGAAGCCUUCUGCACCAGUAAUGGGUCUCAAGCCACGUGGCUGAAUUCGGCACUCCCCAAACUGGCUGAAAUAAUCCGACUUCAGGAUUUAGGUGCUGUUAAAAUUGAAGUUGCAACACUUGCCACGAUGUACCCAGAUAUCCGCAAAAGGCACCUGGAAGCGUUCCUGUACAUCAAAGCCAAUUUGUCUCGCAGUGAACUCAAAAGCAUCCUGGGCUACUUGGCAGACAGCACAGCAUCCCUGCUGCCCAAAGCCCCUCUCUUCUCUGACAUAAAUGUGUCCUAGACCAAGGCACCCUUUGGCACCCCUUGUGUUGGACUGUCGGCUGAGCCAGGGAUGGAGGCUGUCCCCUGGAGCAAUGCACAGCGCACACUGCCACCUUUUCCUAUGGAAAGUGCUGUGUCCUAAUCUGCUGCUCAGCACUUGUAUGUGAAUCACUGUCCCCUGUGCAGGGCCGGGAGGAGGAUGUGCCCGCGGGAGGAGCAGUGCCCACAAGGACCAGGACUGCCCCUUGCACUGGUCAUGGAUUCCCCCAAGGACUCCUUGGUGCCACCAUGUUCUCUGCCUGGACGCUGCUCUGGUACUUUGACCUCUGUCUACCUCACAGGGUCUGUGAAGGCCAUGUUGCUGCCUCCCCAACCAGCCCAGAUCGAGCAGGCACCUCCUGUUUAGCUUUUUGUUUUCUAAGGGAACAGAGGGAAACACAAACAGAAGCUAAAAUUUAGAGAUGUUGGGAAAGUCCCAUGUGAGCAUGCUUGUACCCCGUCUGCCUUCCUCUGAGCCGGGCAGGGGCAGCUGCAUUAGGGUGAUGUCCCAUCAGGCACCAGAUUUCAGGUCAGGAGGAGCUGUUGCUCAGCCACAGCAGGACUCCUGCUGUCCCACUGUGCUGUAGGACCCCAGACCCGGAGCUUGGAGUGGCCCCGGCUGCACACUCUGCCCCACUGCCCAGGGGCAUUGGAGUUUUCAAACUGGAGCAUGGGUGCUUCACCUCUGUGAGGUGGAGUCCCCGUCUCUGACUCCCCUGGCAGCCACCAGCCCCUCUGCAGUGCAUCUGCACUGGAGUGAUUCCCUGCUAGCAGAGGAUUGGGAGCAAGCUGCCUAUUGCCAUGGAGCAUGGGGGCUAAGCCUUGGCAUCUAGUAAAACACUUUGGAUACUACUUAAGCCCUCCUUAUCAAGGAGAGGACUUUCCCAGACCCUGUGAACACCGUAGGCUUUGAAUGGGUGGAGGAACUGGUCUCAAAUGCCACUAAAACGUACUCAUCACCCCAUAUGCAUCACCUUUUCCCUGCUUGCUCUUUCCCCCCUUGCUGUGAGGUAGAUACGAUGUGAAAACAUAAAUGGGUCUGUUGUGAAACUAUGUUUUGUUUUUACAGCCCAGUUUUUUGGGAGACAAAUCACUUGCCAAAACAACAAUGUGUUUAGUUGAUGACCUUUCCCUUCUAUUUUUCUCCAUUUCAACUUCUGAAUCACUCUGUAGAAAGUCAGUCCGGAAGGAAGACACAUAAUGGCUGUGCAAGCCAUGUAAUGUAUUUAUAUGCAUAUGCAGUGUACCAUUGGUGUAUUUUUGCAUCCAGUUUUAUUUUUUCUCAGAGAUACUAAUUUGCAAUAUUUAUAUUUAAACAGUAUUCAAAUAUGCUAGAAAAGUGACUCAUUUAUUCUGUCUCUGGCUAUUGUUUACUGCACUGCCACAUGUUGUCCUAUGUACUCCUUCCAAGAGCCAAUUCUUCCACUACUCCCAGCCUGCUCUGGUGAAUGUCACCCACUGGUUCCAGGUGAGGGGAGGGUCUUGCUGGACUACAGACAAGCUGGAAAAGCAGAGGCACCCUCUGUGCUGUGUUGGGUCUCAGCCUGGCUUUCCUCACUGCCUGAAGCAAGACUGCCAUGUGCAGAGUGCUUGUGGUACCCGGUAUAACAAAGUCCAAAACAUCAGCCUCUAAGCACUACUGCAGCCUCAAUGUUGAAUAAUAAAAAGCGAUGUACUUGA